AGCAGCUCAGCAUCAUCAUCUCUCCCUCUCUCUGGAAGAGACGCAUCAGCGUCAGAGCUGAGAGUGGGGGGGAAAUAAACACAGAGAUACGACGAAGAAAGUCUCUGUUUCUUUACAAAUACAAGCCAUUUAAUAGAGCCUUUUACCUCCUGGUAAAGCAGCAGAACUUUGUGUCACCAUGAAAUCAUCUUUGACUUGACUGAACUCCCUCAGAGCCACAGAGGAGAAAUUACUCAACAGUUUACACAUGCAAGUUCAUACAGAGGGUCUGGACCCUUGGCUAUUAAGAAACGAUUGCAACUGUUUUAUUGCCGAAGAGCAAAUGAAGUGACCAGCAGGGCAGCAUGUCAUCAUUCCAGGUGGUGGACUCGUCUCCUGGCUGCAGCGUCAGCAUCAUGGAAACAUCCAACUUCGCUCAUGUCAUCUUCCAGAACGUAGGGAAGAGUUUCCUACCACAGGCCCCCUUGGAGUGCCGUUACACGUUGACCCCUUACAUUACUCCCCACCCCAAGGACUGGGUGGGCAUUUUCAAGGUUGGUUGGAGCACAGCCAGAGAUUAUUACACCUUCCUUUGGUCUCCCAUGCCUGAGAACUACGAGCCGGGAAGUACUGUGCACAGGACUGUUGUGUUUCAAGGCUAUUAUGUCCCUAAAUCGGACGGGGAGUUUUACCAGUUCUGUUAUGUCACUCACGCGGGGGAUAUCAGAGGUGCCAGCACGCCCUUCCAGUUCAGGCCUGCCACGCCCACCGAGGAGCUGCUGACUGUCACAGAGGAAGACAGCAACUCAGACAUACUGGUCGUUACCACCAAGACCGGGCUGCUAGAGCGUGUGGAGGAGACACAGCAGGAGCGCAUGGAGCUGCUGAAGGCCAUGCGCCUCCUACAGGAGGAGAAACAACAGCUGCAGGAGGAGCAGAAGCAACUGGUCAAGGAAAGGGAGCAGGAGAGGGAGACAUGUUGCCUUCUGCGGACACACAACCAGGAGCUGCUGCGCUCUUCGCAGGGACUCUCCGACGAGAGGGAAGAAGUACGGAGGAGGCUGACGGAGGCCAAAGACCGAGUCCGGCUGCUGGAGGAGGACCUGCUGGGAGUCACCCAGAGGGGCCUUCAGAAGGAGACUGAGCUGGACUGUCUGCGAGACCGUUUGAAGAAGCUGACAGCAGAGCGAGACACCCUAGAGAGCCAGCUGAAGAAUGAGAAGGAUGAGAGAGAUCUUUAUAAGGCUCACCUGCGCAGCACCGAGCUGGAGAACACCAAGCUGAGCGCCGAGCUGCAGAUGCUGAAGGCGGUGGAGCUGAACAGGGAGGUGACCAUCGCUCAAUUCCAAGAGGAGCUGGAGAGGCUGAGGGCCUGCGUCGCCCAGCGAGACAGUCUGGAGAGGGAGCUGCUGGAGCACAGACAUGACAAGGCAGAGCUCGGCCGCCUACGCGAGCAGCUCCGUCAGGCCGAGGAGCAGCUGCAGGCGUCCCGACAGCAGGCCGCCCUGCUCGCCUCCGAGCUGCGGGACUCGGCCGGCACCCGUGACCACACCAUGACCGAGUUGUACCGCGCCCGCAUCGAGGUCGACAAGCUCCGGGCCAGUCUGGCCGACGCUCAGGCCGAGUGCCAGCGCAUGGAGACCCAGCUGGACCGGAUGAGGAGCACCGCUCGCAAGGAGGUGGGCGUCGGAACGAGCGGCGACGGCGUAGCGGUGGUGUCGGAGGCGGAGGCGGAGCUUCAGAGGGAGGUGGAGGAGCUGAAGCUGCGCCUCCACAUGGCUGCCGAGCACUACAAGGAGAAGUACCGGGAGUGUCAGCGCCUCCGCAGGCAGGUGGCCAAGCUCAGUACUGCGGAGUCACAAGGUGUUAUUAUGGAGUCAAAGAAAAACGUGUCCACAGAGACGACUCAGGAGCCGCUGGUUUCCAGUCCGGAGUCUCCGACUGAGGGAAAUCCUACUUGUGCAAUUCUACAAGAAGCAGCAGACACGACAAUCACCCCUGAAGUAAAAAACGAACAAUCCACAUUUGCCGAGGCCUACAGUGGCACAGAUGUGGAGGAAAAACAGGUGGAGACGUCUCCGAUGGAGUCCACGGCGGCGGCUGGAAGAGAUGACACGGAAAAAGAUGGCGAAGAGAAGAAGAAGAAGGAGAACCUGCCCGAGGAGAGCCUGAAGAUGGCGAGCUGGGUGGAGGUGAGCGACGAGAGGUUGCGGGCCGAGGAGCGGAGCGAGGCGGACACGAGGGCCAGCGCGGGGGGCCGGGAGCCGCUGGAGGCGCAGGGGAGGAGCACCGCGGAGGCGGAGAAGGAGCAGACGCGCUCGGUGGAGGCGGAGCUGGCCGUGAUGGAGGAGAAGUGGAGGGAGCAGUGCGUGAUCAACGACACGCUAAAACAGCGUCUGGCCGAUGAGGAGGGACGAUUCAGAGUGCAGAUGGCGGAGCGAGCCAUCGAGGUGUCCGAGCUGAAACAGAACCUUGCCCAGGCUCUUAAAGACAAGGAGCAGCUGCAGGAGGAACUCCAGCUUUACAAAUCCAGACAGAGGGAGCAGGAGGCCGGCGUCCAGGGGGCCGAGGCCAAGCAGCCCAUGGUGCUACGCUACCCACUCCCCUACCCACAGGACCCCUCCCCACCACCACUCGUCCCACAGAGGCCUGCGGAGCUGCAGUACGGCAAUCCUUACUCCACCGACACAUCUAAAGACCAGGCGGACGUCGUCUUGUCCCCUGAGCAUCUUUCCCGUCCUCCACCCGAAGCGCCGCUGUGCACCGCUCCCUGCGCACCUCCGGCGUCUCCACCCAGCCCCGGUCCGGGAGCUCCAGGCUGGGACCAGGAGGUAGUCUGCAUCCAGCCGUCCCGCAGCACCACUCCCCCGGAGAACAUGGAGGCUCCAGCAGAGGAGGCGCAAAAAGUACGAGGUUUUCAGCUUUGGGUGUGUGACAGAGCUCAGCAGCCGUGUGACCAUCAGUCCAGCAGACGCAGUGAAGUGAGGAGCAGCUUCUGCUUUGACUCAAGCACGGACGUCCACAAGCGCUGCCCGCUGUGCGAAGUGAUCUUCCCGCCGCACUUCGAGCAGCGCACCUUCGAGCAGCACGUGGAGAGCCACUGGAAGGUAUGCCCCGUCUGCUCCGAGCAGUUCCCCCUCAACUGCCAGCAGCAGCUCUUCGAGAGGCACGUCCUCACGCACUUUGACGGCAACGUCCUCAACUUUGAGCAGAUUGAGUGAGGGGCAAAGCGGUGAAUUCUGACACGCCGUGUAGAUACACAUAUGUUGUCCAGGUAUUGCUUUAUUUUGUUAAUUACGCGAUAUUUAGCACUUUUUUUUCCCCACUUUUUUUGCGAUCUAAAUGGUUUGCAAGAAUGUAAUUGUGACUGGGUAACGGACUGAAAGGUGUGGAUCUGCCGAAACAUUUAUUCAAAAGGAACAGGGAGUGAGGCAGGAUUUGGCAGAAGUGUCACGGCUUUUUACUUUUAUUUUCCCCAAUGAAGCACCUUUUAAAGAGCAUGUUUAUGUUCUGAAUCACAAAAUUCCCUCCUGUUAACUGAGGUAGUUGUUAAAAAAGUCAAAAGCUGUGGUUUGAGGGGGGAAUAAAAUCUAAAAAAAAAAAAAAAAAAAUCUUAGAUUUAACUCCAGAGCUAAAUCCAAGAAAGUUAAUACACCCUCCACGUGUUUCCCUGUCCUUGUAAAAAUGUUUAAUAAGCUUAAGAAUCUGGUAAAAUGUAUCAAAGCAAAAAAUAAAGGUUGGAUUUUUCUAGUUUACGAGAGACUAUUUUUCUGCCAAAACAAUUUGAUUUUUUUUUUUUGUUUUUGUUUUUUUGCGGAAGCAUAAUGCUAACAGUGUCAUGUUUGCCAUAUUAGCAGCCAAAAGCAUCAUCUUUCAGUUGAAUUUAAAGCUCGACAAAAGUGUACAUGCAGAGUGAGACACUUGAAUGUGUAAAGAUUCUCUUGUUUUUUUUUCCCUGUUGAGUGUUUUGCAAAGAUGUCAGAUUGUCGGAACAAAAAAAGAAAGAAAAAAACAACAACAACACUACGUUCUCCCGGACUCCACUAAAUAAGGCUUUAUUCCGAAUGUACUGUAUAUAGAAGACUGGUGGCGAUUUACCGUCGUCAAGCUGUCGCCCUUCUUCAUCUUCCUCAAUGAAACGACAGGAUGGGGGACGUUUCACUUCCUGUUGUGCACUUUCUCGCAGGUCAAUCACAAAGCAGCGGUGGUGGAUGUUUCUGGCCAAUAGACACUUUAAUUGAGUUUUUUUUUUUAAGCUUAGAACUGUGAAGAGGUCGCGGCUUUGUGUGCAGGUCUGUUUGCCCUCAUGUCAUUUAAAUGUGUGUUUUGAGCUUCGUGUCUCUUAAUUUCUUGUUACGGCAGUGUUAACAGUGUUGCAUCCAGGCUUCACAAACUAUAAUGCCUUGCAAAAAAAA